UGCCGUUAAUAAUAAAUAGCCAGAGUUUUCCAUCGACUCUCGGUCAGAUUUCUUUCACGAAAAAGUUGGGAGCGAUGCGAUGUUUCGAGUUGUACGGGCUUUGGGCCUCGCCAAGAUAAUAAUAUGUGUCUUCGUCGUUGCGUGGCCCAAACAGAACAGCGUUCACGCCCAGAAGCCCGGAAACAACAGAGAAAAAGUCUACACCAACGGAUGGGCAAUACAGGUAGAGGGAGGAAUUGAGGCUGCCAAACGAAUUGCUCGUUCUCAUGGAUUUGACAAAGUUGAACCAGUAAGUACCAAGUAAAGAAUGGAUUUCACGGGGUUCUUUUCACUGCUUGUUAUGCGGGAUUUACAAGUACUUGCCGGUCGUUUUUAAUAUAAAUUGUAGUAUGAUGUUUUUUCUGGCCUGCCUGGCUCAAACACUGGCCACCGGGCAGCAGGUCAGACAACGAACUCGGUCAACAAAUCUCGAUAUUUUCCCAAUCGCUAUGAAGUUUUGUUCAAUACUGAAUUUUAUCUGUCCUUCUCUCACUUCGUUCUCUCUAUACCAUUAUUUUUCAAGGAAAUCCGGUGUUGUAUAUCAACAAAUUCAUCGUUAAAGUCUUCACACCCUACAAAGCCGAUAUUAAAUAUUAUGAGCUGGUUGAUUACGGGAGCGAUGUUUCCCUCUUUAGCAACGAAUGGAACCACAUGUUUAAAACAAAACUAAGUUUCGCCUAUAUAUUAACAACUGAUUCAAUUCAUUAUCUUAACAACUCUGACAUGAUUCAACAUCUUCCUCUAAAUGCAAAAUUUAGAAAGAAACGAAGAUUUUUUUCUGGCGGAAGCAAUUUUUAAGUGAACUCUGCUGGUGACUUCAUUACCAAAUUUCGACCUACAUUCUUGACACUGAUUUAUCGUCAAGUCUUGAGUAGUGCUACCCUGGUGCGAAAAAAUAAAGGUUUUCAAAUUACAUUCUUCCUCGAGACAUUUGCCCACGAUCUAAUGAUUUUGUUAAAACAGCUGAACAUUUUUGGAAGAACAAAAAUUUCGCCAUUGUCCUUAUUGUCAAAAUCCGGAAAGCUGCAACAACAUUCUGCUACAAUUCGGAUUUAAUGUGCACCCUAAACGUCAAAAAUAGAGGUUUAUAUUGAUUUAUUUCAUUUUUACGUCUUCCGCCGAAUGAAAAUUGCAAAAAUAAACUAUUGUUAAGGUCUACUUAUUAGUAUAAAAGGGGUGCCGACAAUGCAGGGCAUUCAUAACAACCAAGAGGAAAUUGAUGGUUAAUCAUCGAAAAAUCCACCUACUGAAACCAUAGUACAUUGUAAAACAUUCUUUUUAAAGUUAGCAACGGCAGCGUAGCAAUGACUUAGUAAACUUUUCAUAUCCCUGAUAAAAUGUUCUGAAGUAGUAAUCAUUGAAAUUAGUCAAAUAAAUGCCUCAAUUUGACAUUCCGUCCAUAGUUUUUCUAAGGUUCACCAAAAAAAACUCGAUUUAUUGGGAAAGAGAAAAUAUUUUUUCAUUCAUUUAUCUUCCUUAAUUCAUUAUUUGCAGAUUGGUACUUUGGAAGGCUUCUAUCAUUUAGAACAUGCAGAGUUGCCACAUCGUUCCCGCAGGAGUGCAGACGAGAGGACAGAGCGACUUACACAGGAUCCAAAGGUAAGAUUCGCCAUUUGAUUGAUAAGUGCAUGUACAAUCAAUUACAUAGCGAUAUUCUGUCUGACUGUUAAAGUAUGAAUAACACGCCAUGCUCAGAAACAUGCUUUACAAAAAUUGAUGUUUUUCUUCUAUUUAGUACCACCAUCUUUUUUUUUAAAGCCUCAAAAUAUUAGAGUCUGAAGCGGAAUUAUUUUAAUACUUUAACAAAAAUAGAUAUAGUUUUGUUGCUCAAUCUUAAAAAAAAUUAUGGUUAAUUUACUGCAUUAGCGAGUAAAGCAAGAAUCAGUCCAUUUCGGAUUUAAAAUUUCUAUUUGCAGUGAAGUUUUAUCAUGACCAAAGUGAUAUUAUGACUCAGCCCAGGUUUUCAAAACAAUCAUAAUUUGUUUUGCAGGUAAUCUGGGCGGAACAACAACACGAGAAAAUCCGCGUCAAAAGAGGUCACUUUCACGACCGAAUGGUUGCCAGAGGGAUCCUGCCUCGAUUCACAGACCCCUUAUGGGAUGGACAGUGGUAUCUGGUGAGCUCUUUUGACUUAAAUCGAUUUCAAUCAGUUAACCGGGAGGAAAUCUGUUACUGCCGAAACCAUUUGCUAGGGAAUGGUUGGAGAUAUUUUGUGAAACGAAAAUUUUUUGACAAAAAUGGUAAUUAAGCACGAAGAAUAAUACAAUAAUAUAGUUGAAAGAUUAAAGAGGGAUACAUCUUCAUUAUUUUAAAAUAAUAGUUUUUUUGGCCUCUCUUCUGGAUUGUGUCAUAUUUUGUAGUUUCCGCUUUUACCCGCACGAUCCCAUUGGGAAACCUGAUAUCAAAUGUGUGAUGUAAUACAGGAUAAUUUGGUUUAAACUGAGUUGACAAUGUAAAUUGGCCACCGUAGAGAGAUUCUGAAGAUAAUAUUUCGACUGUUAGCCCUAACGCUCAGCCUAAGAAACUCUUCGCGGUGGCAAUUUACAUUAUCAAUCCAGUUGAUGAAAUCAAAUUAUCUUGUUAUACCACCACAGUUGCUAUAGAAGCUUACCCUAUUAUUCAUGUAACGUACUUAAUUCCGAAAUGGCACAUUGUGAGAAAUAGAAACAUUAAAGUGGUUAGCAUUUGUUUCUCCCGAUGUAUAGAACUUGUUUUACAUUCAUUUUAAAGAAUAUACUGUGAUCUCAAGAAACAUUUAUAAGCGAAACUAUAACAAGGUUGAAACUGCUUCUUCGCUGUGACUUAAACUGCGUGGGCCUCAUCUAAAAUCUGUAGGGGGUUUUUCGUGAAUUUGACUAAUGAAUAGGAACUGCAUGUGCAGCUUUUUUUCUGUUCAAGAUUCUGGAAAGACAAGUUUAUUAAAACGUAAAUAUUUCACUCCCAGCUGACCCCUUCUUCGAAUCAGAGAAAUCGCUCGAGUUCGAUUGAAUCGUAGACAAAACCUUUAUAUUUAAAUGCUGGUAAAAUCAUUUGACUUAGAUCUUAACCAGACCAAUUUAUCUUUAUCGGACAGGAUGACAAACGAGCGGAUCUGGAUUUAGAUGUGCAUGUUCUCCCUGUUUGGAAUCAAGGGAUCACAGGAAAAGGCGUUGUCGUAACAAUUCUGGAUGAUGGUACAAAGACUUUUCCUCCACUUAACUACAUAGUGCUAUUUAAUUUUACCACGAAUAAGUGCAAUAACUAAAUCUUUUGUAAGCGGACUUUCCGUGUUCACGAGUCCGACGAUAAUCGUUUCUGUUGCAGCUAAACAAAAUCUCACAAAACAGAUCUAAAAAAGACAUUCUGAAGCUUUUGUUUCCAAGGAGUCAGUGAACGCAAAAAGUACUCGAUGAAGUGUGAAAUGAUGUACCGCUAUUAUUUGUUAUGGACUAACUCAGUGUUGCAGUUAAUAAGUCUGAUCGUCAUUUUUUUCUUUUUUUUUUACUUUUGUUCGCCAUUCUUCAGGUAUUGAACACAAUCAUACGGACCUCAUCAGAAACUAUGUAAGUGAAACUCGCCGGUUUUACGCUGGGUGCAAACUGCAUGUACAGAUAAAAAGCUCUAAUUAUAAAUCUUUAGGUUCGGGAUGUGCACUUCUAUGAAUGAAUCCUGUCAAUUUGAUCUUCACAGGAUCCGCAGGCCAGUUGGGAUGUAAAUGGAGAAGAUGGUGACCCAUUUCCUCGCUAUGAUCCUACUAAUGAAAAUAAGUAAGUCAUUCCUAACUCUACUCGCAAUCAUUGCAUGACUUCCACAUUGUGUUCACCUGGUUGUAGACAGUCUGCUUAAAACUUGAAGGGAAGACAGCUGCCUUUAUGUCGUUAACUUCUUUCUUUUGUAGACACGGCACCCGCUGUGCAGGGGAAGUUGCUGCUCAGGCGAACAACACCAUUUGUGGAGUGGGCGUGGCUUACAAUGCGAAGAUAGGAGGUAGAAAAAACGGCAUUACUGGUUGAGCAUAACUUUUUUUUCCUUUGCUGCCUUUUUAUCGGGAAGCCUAGUUUCUUUAUCAUCGCGAAGAGCUGGGAAAUUCUUAAAAAAGUGUAAAUUUAAGUAUGAUAAAGGAGGAGAACUCUUCAUUAUAAUCUGCGAACGUUUUUGGCCUUUCAGUGACAUUUUCGUUAUCGCACCAUACGUAAUUGUUCCAUAUAGCAUGGUAUAUUUUAAUAGGAGUGCGCAUGCUUGACGGCCGAGUGACUGACAAAGUAGAAGCCGCGUCAUUGAGUCUUAAUCCCCAGUUCAUUGACAUCUACUCUGCAAGUUGGGGACCUAGCGAUGACGGAGCCACUGUGGAAGGACCUGGAACUCUAGCUGCUGCUGCAUUUGAAAAUGGAAUCACAAAGGUAUUGUGCAUCACCAUCACAAUAGCUCCUCAAAAUAACAACAGUCAUUAUGGGCUAUAGUAAACGACUUAGAACAAAAAAUUACAUUAAAACCACAAUCUUCUAACGUCUCACGUCGCUCCUCAAAAGCUCAUGAUGCGGCUUAUCUUUCUAAUCCUCCAUCGAUUAUAGAAAACGGUGAUACGUUACAUACCAAUUGGGCACUCCCAAUCCGAAAAAUCUGCAGAAUCUCUAAACCAACUAAUCAUAGGUUAUUUGGUUGCAAGGAGGAGAAACAUUAGCUGCUAACAUACAAUCAUGACGUAAGUGAACUUAAGCUUAAAAUCACUGAGCCUUUACUCGACCAGAGUGCAUCAGCGUUAUAUGUCGAUAGAGUCUUGUGAGAUAUUGGAGCACUGAUUAUAAACAAUUAUUGGAUAAGGUUUUUGUAAUAUCCAGGAUAAUCAAGGUCUUAGGCUUCGGCUGAUAACCCUUAUCGAGACCUUGAUUAUUCUGGAUAUCACAAAAACCGAAUCCAAUAAUUGUUUUAUUGUACAUUGAAUGAAAAAAAAUUGGUCCCGACAGCAAGUGGAAGUGAUAAUUUAUUUCUAAACGUGUAAAAAUAUACAAACCAGCGAGCAACACAAAGCGCGCGAACUUGACUACCCAUGACCUUGAGUGUCCUUGACAUGAUUAUUGUAUAAUCUUCAGCAAGAUGACGUCCCAGGCGCUGAUUUCAAAAAUUCACUGCACGCUUUCGGCCAAUCAGAAAAGAGAUAGCGAGUUGAAAGUAUGAUAAUCCGGCUUGUUUGUAUGUGACUUGAUAUAGGGUCGCGGCGGACUGGGCUCUAUUUUCGUGUGGGCGUCAGGCAAUGGAGGUCGGCACGAGGAUAGUUGCAACUGUGAUGGUUACACAGACAGCAUAUACACCCUGUCGAUCAGCUCUGCUUCCGAUCAUGGCGAGUCACCCUGGUAUUCAGAAAGCUGUUCAUCUACACUGGCGACAACAUUCAGUAGCGGAGCGCACGGCGAGAAACGAAUCGUAAGUAUACUACCAUGUCGGGUUUUCCCAAACAGUGCGAGCAUAAAACAGAGCGAUUUUAGCAGGAAAAGCUAAUGGUCGCAUUCGAUCAUUAUUCAAUGGGAUUUUGCAAGAAUGGAAAUCUUAUCUGCAAGAACACUGUUGUUGGUUUAGCUCUGUCCAGUCUGCUGAGCUUGCUUUGCUCGUUGAUCGUAAACGGUAGAAUGAUCGGGUUUUCGUCUUAUAAUUUACUCCAAUGAAAAAUGUAAAGGUCUCCAGGGCUGAUCAAAACAGGCGGGAAAAGGAACGGUUAAUUGCAAAAACUGAGCCAUAAUAGUCAAAGCGUGUCAUUUAAGAGACUCCAAGCCCUCGAUGGUUUUCAUUUUCAUUUUUAGGUCACGACAGAUUUACAUAACCAAUGCACCGAAAGACAUACAGGAACUUCUGCAUCGGCUCCAUUGGCAGCAGGAAUUAUAGCUCUUGCACUGGAAGUCAAGUAAAGUUUAUUGCACUUAGCUAGUUUCACGGCUUUUAGAAAUCUCGCUGAUGGGGAAGAUCUAAGUGGAAUUAGCAAUUAUUAGCGAGGGAAAUUUCUCUCAUUGAGCGCAAUAGGGGUUUCGUUGGAUUAGUUGAGAAAAAACAGAUUGAUUCUAACUGGCAGCUUAUACCACCAAAUAUGGGCGUUCAUUCCAAUAUUUCAAUGCAAAUCCAUAGCCACACUAAAUUCUGUCUAAAUUUAGACACACUCAAGAGAGAACCAAGCUCCAAUUUAUCCUCAGUUUUUUCAAGUUCAUUAAAACAGAAGAGAACCUUGAAAUUACAGUUUGCAACGACAAACAAACGCCAACUAGGGUUAUUGACAAAGCAGUACAAAAGGUUAAGGACGGAGCAAAUUUGUCAUCAAGUGAUGAACUAGGGAGAUCUCAUCUUCGUGUUAGAGGAAGGUUGUCGGUCUAUCUCGAGUUUCUCCGUCUGUCGUUGUAAUCCUAGCCUUUUUUUUACAAACUAUAAUAUUUACAAGAGUUUCAACCAAAGUGCUCAAACUAUAGAGAACCCUCCCCAAGUGUUCUUUUGUUACAUUUUUGCCACAGUCCUCGCCUGACAUGGCGUGACGUGCAGCAUAUUGUGGUGUGGACAUCAAACUGGGAACCACUCAAGCACGAUCAGGAUUGGAGCCCUAAUGGAGUCGGAUUACACGUCAAUAGGAAAUUUGGUUUCGGACUGUUAGUUGCUGAAAAGAUCGUGGAAUUAGCAAAACCCAACACGUUUAAAACUGUACCUGAGAAGACCAUUUGUAGGGGACAAAUCAAUCAGGACCGCAAGUAAGUUUUGCUGAAUUCCUGUGAACAAAAGCACGGAGCGACUGAUUCUGCCUAUUGAAAAAAGUAACCAAUUAAAUUACAAUACACGAGUGAUAAUUCAUUACUAAGCAAAUCAAGUUUGAUUGGCUAGCAAUAGAUUAAUGACUGAGGCAGCGAAUAGAGAAAGCGAAGGAAAUUUAUAGAACAAAAAAUCCAAAUCGGAAUUCAAAAUCCCAAAACCGGUAUAAAGUGAUAACUUACGACGCUUGCCUUUCUAGACCCAUAAAAUUCAACGAGCCAUUGAAGAUAACAAUGCAUUCGAAUGGAUGUUCAGGAACUGCUGCUGAGAUUCGCUACCUUGAACACGUGCAACUCAUGUUAAGCUUGGACUACACACGGCGAGGGGACCUUGUCGUAUACUUGACAUCCCCCAUGGGAACUAAAUCUUGCCUGCUGUCACCAAGAAAAGAGGACCUCUCAGAUGAAGGUUUCACAAAGUGGCCCUUCAUGACAACGCAUGCAUGGGGCGAGGACCCACGCGGAACGUGGACCUUAGAGAUAAAGGACCUUGGAGAUAACAGACCAAAUCAUGGCCUACUAACAGAGUGGCAGCUUAUUAUACAUGGAACCAAACAAAAACCUAAUCAUCAACCCAUUGAACACCCUGAAAAACCACGUGACUCGGUUCCAGUGCCCGAAUCACCGUCACCUCCACAGUUUCGCCAAGCAGUUCCUAGCGGACCGACUUACACAUUUACUUCCUCUCCACCUACUUCUGUGAAAUACAUUGCACCUCAAGUGGUAACCUACACAACUUCUACAGCUUCAAACCCCGCCAUCCUAACAAUUACUCCCCAGUCCGUAGUUCCUUUACAUCAAGAACUUAAAACACCUAGUAAUCAAUUUAUGUCGAACAAUAAAGAAGUAGGACAAACACAAAACUCCUUCACACCAGACCAGCAAGCUAACAUACACCCUCAGCUACCAUCCAAGGAAGCCCUUUUCUCGCCCAUACAACCUCUUCACGGCAACUAUGUUCCAGCUAACUACCAUCAGAAUCAGGUAGCUAAUUAUUAUCACUAUGCGGCUCCUGCAAAUCCAAGAGGAUACGUUACGCAAGUGAAUAACCCUGCAGUAGCACAAACUAACGACCAACUGGCUUAUCAACCGGUGGCUUGGAGACAGACCACACUGUACCGUAAUCCUUUACAAUACAAUGCAUAUAGUAAUUAUCUUCGAACUUUUGGUAGACGAGGUGCUGGCAAGUCUUAUGUAGAAUAUCUUAAAACUAAGAAGAACAAGUUAAAGAAAGAAAGGUAGUUAAAUUGUCGGAAUAUUUUUUAUGAAUCUUAUUUACACGUGUAAAAUAUAUGGUAUAGUGUUUAGAAUGAGGCCGAGUUUAACUAAGCUGGAUUUUUGCUUUUGUAUAAAUGUUGAUCAGUGAGUAAAUAAUAGCUGCGCGUACAUGUCUUCGCAUAAGCCAAAACUGCAGAACGGGCGAAGAUAAAUAGAGGUGUAGGAUAAAUUAGAUAAUUCAAAUCAAUGGAUGGAAAAAUUGUCGAUAGCUGGGUCAGACCAUUUUGCACUUCAGAAGGUCUUGGAGUUUGAGGUGGGUGUUUUUAGUGGAAAAAUGCCAAUCGAGAGAAAGGAAGAUUUCUUGAUGAGAAAGGUUCCCACCUCUCUGUCUAUAAAAUGUUGUAUGAAAAGCAGCACACAACUUGAAGUGAUACCUUGAAAUCUAGUUUCUUUAGUUCAGCUGGCUGGGCGGGAAACUGUGGAGACUUGUGAAAAACUGAAAAGAUUUCCGCCUUUCUUGUAUUUCAUAGUUGUGAAAAAAAGAGUUUUCUUGAAGUUAUUUCAGAAAUUCAAAACUAAAUGUAGCUGAAGAAUAUACAUUUCCUUUCAUCUUUCUGUUGGACUGAAACACAAGGCUGUAAGGAUGGGCCGAUACAGGCGGAUCCGAAAAUAUCGUUACUGCAAGAAUUAUCAAUGACGAUACUUGACGUCUUCCUGAGCCUGCGUUAUUUCGGGUCAUCACCUAAAGGCAAAGAGCACUGUCGUGUGCGGUUUCUCGAAUGUUAGUUGCGUGUUUGUGAGUGGUGUGUUAAGGGAUAAUGAACAUUGGUAAAUUAAGAUUUUAAUCAUCCACUUGUUUGUUUGUGGUGCUCAUGCAAUAAUAGGACAUAAGACACAAAUCAAUAUUUUCAGUGCGAGACAACCUUGUAUUUGGUUCGGAAAGAUCGCCUGACCUGCUCAAAAACUAGAUAACGCCACAGGGUCGAUAUUAAUGUCGAAAAACCCGGUAUCGGCCCAUACUUUCAAAACAGAGCGUAUGUUUACACCAGUUUGAUUCUCGGCACACUUUCUCCUGGAGAGUAUUUGGGAUGAGUGUCUUAGGCUCUUAGGAGGCGUCCGCUCUGAAUACAGACCUCAGUUGUAAACGUUGCUAUUAGCUAUGUGAGUUAUAUUACGAAAUUCCUACAAAAGAGAGUGACUUAGAAUCAUUUUUCCAUUUCCUUAUGUAACUGCUAAAAUGGCCUCAUACUUAAAUUUAUCUGAUUGCAUGGUUCGCGUGCAUAGGAUAAUAUUGACAAAAUUCUAGUAGAAUUUAGAACCAAGGAUAGGUAAGGGUAAUUGAAACAAAUAUUGCUAAUAGAAAGGCUAUAUUGCUGAAAGUGAAGUUCUAAACCCCUAAGGAUAGGAAAAAUUAGGAUUGCAACCUGCCAAUCUUAAUAAUGUAUACCUUGAUCACCACUAAUCAGAUCCAAGUAGACUAACUACAGUCCCGGGUAUAGUGGGUUAGAUUGUGUACUUGGGGUGCUUGCUUUACAUGUUAAUCGAUGUAAAUACAAUUAAUUAGGUUGCAGUAGAUCAACAAAGUUAACGAUGCGUUAGCUUACUCUGUUCCAGCACUUUCUGGUACAGGUUAGUAAUAAAGACAAAAAA